GCGACAUUUGACUGGUUACUGGAGCUGAAUUCAAAUCGCGCUGGGCUUGGCAAACGAACGGUUGAACGGGGGAAGAACGGGGAAAGCUUAAGAGGUGGAGAAAUGUCGUCCGCAGGGGACAGCGAUGAUGUCCUGAGGCUGAGAUGCAAGUUGAAGGAAGCAGAGGAGUCUCUCCAGAAGGCAGCGCAGUAUGGGCUGCAGCUGUUGGAUGGUCAGCUGGACCUGCAAAACCAGCUGGAGGAGCAGCGUGUGGAGAUGACCAACGCCAUGGAGGCCCUGGAGCAGGAGAAGUACUCUCUGCAGCGGGAGGUGGAGCUGAAGGCUCGUAUGCUGGAGAGCCUGAGGUCCGAGUCCGAGGCCGUCAGAGGUCAGCAGAGGCUCCUGUGGGAGCAGCAGGAGGCCCAGCUGGAGAGGAGGCACGCUCUGGAGCUCAACGAGUACAAGAACAAGGCCGAGAGGAUGACGGUGGAGCUGGAGGAGGUGCGGCUCCGGGAGAAGCAGCUGAAGCACAAGCUGGACGUGCAGGCCGAGAGCCUGCGGGAGAAGGGCGAGGAGCUCCGCGCGCUCACCGACCGCGCCCACGAGACCAUGUCCUCCGAGAUGCUGGAGCUGCAGGUGGAGAGGGCCGAGCUGGAGGCUCUGAAGGAUUCUUUGCAGCAGGGACUCCAGGAGGCGCAGUACAAAGAGCAGCAGCUGCAGCUGUCCAACGCCAACCUCUUUCGCCAGGUGGAGCACCUGCGGGGAGAGAAGGAGGAGCGCGAAAAAGAGUCGGUGUCCUACUUUAACGCCUUGGAGAAAGCCCGGGAGGCCAACCAGCUGCUGCAGAUGCAGCUGGACCAGGUUUCUCAGCAGGCCCAGGACCCCAACAGUAGGGGAAACUCUCUGUUCUCUGAGGUAGAGGACAAGCGAGCGGCGAUGGAGAGGCAGCUGAUCAGCAUGAAGGUGCAGCACCAGUCUCUGCAGAAACAGCACGCCUUCUCCAAACAGCAGCUGCACCGCAUGAAGGUGCAGAUCGCCACGUUGAUGCAGCUGCAGGGCUCCAGGGCGGACCCGGGCCAGCUGGAGCGGCUGCAGUCCAUGCUGUCGCAGAAGAACAGCGAGAUGGAGGCGCUCAUGAUCAAGCUGCACCGUCUGGAGAAGGUGGAGAUGCUGGUGAAGGCUCAGCCAUCUUCUGCAGCAGCGGCGGAACCUGAGGGCAAUGAUGGGACCUACUAUACUGACCUUCUGAAAAUGCAGUUGUCAAACUCUGUGAAGGACGCGGAGCGGCUGGGAGACGAGCUGGCCCUUCAGCGCAUUAAGGCGCUGUCAGAGAGUCAGAGGGUGCUGGAGAUGGAGAGGAAGCUGUUCAGCGCAGAGAGGAGCAUCAAGCACUGCCAGAGCGACAACAUAAAGCUGCAGGUCAAACUGGACGAGAUUCGCCUGAAAUACGAGCCCAACGACGUGAGUAAAACUCGCAUUCAGAAGCGCAGGCGCGAGAAGCUCCCGGUGGACUCUCCUCCUAUUGGCUCAGAGCAGAAGGAAGCCGAUACCAAGACUGUGGAGAUGGGCCCUUCUGAUUGGGUCAGAGAGGAGGCUGAAGCGGAGCCCCGCCCCCUCGCUGCGGAGCGGCUCUCUGUGGACCCCCCGCAGCCCGCCCCGCCCCCGCAGCCCGCCCCCCAGCUGCCCCGCGACAGCAAGUGCGUGCGCAUUUGUGAGGAGCCCCCCGUCACCAUCCCUAGCCCCCCAAGGUCUCCCCCAGUCGACUGCAAAAUCAAGACAGAGGAGACGGAAGUGGCGGUGGUUAUGGGAAAUGAGAACAGGAGAGCUGAGCGGAAAAAGCAAAUGAAAUCUCAGGGGGCCAUUCACGUGGCGUCUGAGCGUACCAUGGAGGACCAGUGCACUCAGCAAUAGGGACAGGUGUUCGUCAGGGAAGUCUGUUUCUCACUGCCUAUCCAGGGACCACAUCUUAUCACAGGCUUUGUGUUUUUUUAUUUUUUUAUUUUAUAUAGAUAUGUUCUGAAAACCACCAGUCCUUUUUUUUUGUUUGUUUUAAACUUGUUUCCUUUGUCUCAUGUUUUAAUUCACUGAAACUUGUCACCGUUUAUAAUUAUAUGUCUUUAUUUGUAUGUCUAUUCAGGAAAAGUAUUAAUAAAUAUGUGCCAAUGUAGUGCA